AUGUUGUCGCUACUAGCAAAGACCGCCUCGGUCUUCGCCCUCUUGCUCAACACCAUCAACGCAGCACCACUCGAAAAGAGGGCAACAGACCUCAAACCUGUCAUCACCACCGACUUCCCCGACCCAACCAUCAUCAAAGUCGGCAACACUUGGUACGCCUUCGCCUCGCAAUCCGCCUACGACUACAAAGACAUCAAAGUCCAGCUCGCCACCUCCACCGACUUCAACACCUGGACCGUCACCGGCAAAGACGCCCUCGGCUCCAUGGCGCCUUGGGUGAAAACCGAUGGUCCGGCGGUGUGGGCUCCUAGCGUCAGCCAGCGCGCGGAUGGGAGUUUCUUGAUGUAUUACUCCGCCGUGACCAACACCGCUGGCAACGGGGCUUAUCACUGCGUUGGCACCGCGACGAGUGAUUCGGUCGAGGGUCCUUAUAACUCGAAUUCUGACGAGCCGUUCGCGUGUCCCAUCGAUCAAGGCGGAGCCCUCGACGCAUCCGCUUUCAUCGACACCGACGGGACGAAUUAUGCUCUGUACAAGGUCGACGCAAACUCCAAAGGCCACGGAGGCGUGUGCGGGAAUACUGUCGAGCCCAUCGUCAAGACUCCGAUCAUGAUCCAGAAAGUCCAGGCGGACGGCACGACCAAAAUCGGCGACCCCGUCGAACUGAUCCACAACACCGAUCGAGACGGCCCACUUGUCGAAGCUCCGUACAUGAUUCGCAACAGUGACGGAGUUUACAUGCUCUUUUUCUCGUCCAACUGCUACACAUCCGCGGACUACGAUGUUAGUUACGCGACGAGCUCGUCGCCGACGGGACCCUUCGCGAAGACCACGACUCCAUUGUUCGUCACAGGGGUCUUGGGAACGAUCGGGCCGGGCGGGGCGUCGGUUGCGAGUGAUGGGACUUCGAUGGUGUUGCAUGGUUACGAGAAUGACCAAAAGGUUGGAAAUGUGAGGUCGAUGUUUGUCGUGAGCAUUGCCCCGCAGGGUCAGAAGGUGCUGCUGCAACAAUAG